GGACCAGGCUAUUUCUGUUCCACGUGUAUGAGGGCUCUAGCUAGGGCUCUAGACGGUUUGCAGUUAUAAGAUUCUUCCCUAAGGAUGUUAUCGUGGCUAGCGGGUCACGAAAAACACGUGACGUUUUUAAACCUUGCUGUGUCCUAACCGAAACUACACCUACAACAAACAACCUUGUCGUGAAUGUAUGGUGUCAUUUGUCCUGGGAGUAGGAGGGUCGGAAGGAGGGGCUCUAGUCGAGCUGAUAGACAGUUAUGAUAGAUUUUGCUGUCCUGGCACGUGAAAAACCCAACCACGUUUGUCUUUUUGCACUUCUGACAGAAGUGGACAUACCAACACUGGCUCAGUUUAAGUGGAUUCUUUCCUCCACCUAGGAAACUCUGUAUCCGGAACGUCUGGUGUUAGGCUCUCAUCCCUGCCACCGACAGCGGCCAAAACGACGGCUUCUGUGGUACCUACUCACGACGGGUGUGGAUUGUGUGCAAGUGCGGUCCGCUCGUCAGCUGACGGCUGCUCUAUGAACAACCGAGACCAGUUAGAUAGUGGAGAGAUUCGACGGACGUCUCUCGUCAUGGAUGUGCCUUAGACAAGCUUGGUUUUCGACAUCUUUACAACUGCCACCAGAUGGAGCUUGUCCAGUCUUGUAUUGUGUUCGACGUAGCGUCUUUGAUACUGUAUGGAACACAAGCAAUUCCAAUUCGACUCAAAAUCCUGCUAGACCGGUUAUUCAGUGUUUUACAGCAUGAUGAAGUACUAAACGUGCUUCAAGGCUUUGGUUGGACUUACGAAGACUACGUUCGAGGCUACAUACUUCAGGAUGCUUCUGGUAAUGUCCUGGAAAAGUGGACACUUUCCACUCGAGAGGAGGAGCCUCUAAUUCUACAGCAAUUCCUUCGGUUUGGAGAAACUAAGGCCAUUGCCCACCGCCUUCUUCUGCAAGUGGAUAAUGAUAAGCCUGACCAAGUAGUAAAUCUUCCUAAAACGGAUUCAGACAUUCGUAAAUUCAUUGAGCGGACCAAUAUGGUGGCUGGAGCAGCUGUCUUGAAACAAGAGAGCUCGUUCACGAGCUCUUCUGCUGUGUCCACCUCGUUUCCCGUCGUUCGAACAUCUCGUGGUCGGCAGCUAUCGAGCGUGAGUUCCACUCAUUCUCUGUCUCCAUCUACAGGGUCUCCUAUCAACUGCACAAGUCCUUUAUCAAUCUCCCCUUUGAACAAACUCCAAAGUAUGCAGCCUUAUGAUUAUCGGAGAGAAAAAAUUAGUCCAGAACUUCGUGGUGGUAAUGAGAUUCCAGGUUUAUCCCGUACAACUCCUCUAUCUUCUCCAACUACUUCUGUUCCUUCUGCCAGUACGGCUCUUACUAAUCACACUACCACUGCUACCAUUAACUCUGAUCUCAGUGCGACUGACGGUGGCUCUGAGGAUGACAGCAAAACUGCAAUCAACCUUAGUCAGAAAGGAACUUAUCAUUUUGAUUCAAUUUAUAUGGCUAAGAAAUACAAACACUUACGAAAGUCUGCAAAUCCUAUGAAGAGGCGAUGGAACCCAUUAGUUUUAAGUAACCUGAACACUAAUCCAGCCACGGGCAAGAAACGUGUCCAGUGUCAUGUAUGCUUGAAAACUUUCUGUGACAAAGGUGCUCUUAAAAUACAUUUUAGUGCUGUUCAUCUGAGAGAAAUGCAUAAAUGCACUGUAGAAGGGUGUAGUAUGAUGUUUAGUUCGAGGCGGAGCCGUAACCGACAUAGUGCAAACCCUAACCCUAAGCUUCACACUCCGACUUUUAGAAGAAAGUUUAAUCCCCAUGAUGGGCGAUCGGCCAAUCCUUACCCUAACUAUUCUUCAAGUGCCUUCAUUAGUUUGAAUAACAGUGUGUUGUCUACCUCCAAUACACAAGACACGGACGGUGAUGCUACGAGAUUACAGGAUUCUUCACAAAUACCGUCUUGUGCUACCAUUUCAAACGAAAUCUUGGUGUCAUCACAGUCUCAGAUCUCACUCUCUAAACCAGGCGAAGAGACAGGAGUUCUACCUCUUAAUAAAAAACACCGCCCAGAAGAGAAUGAAAAAAAUUCAGGACACAACAACGAAGGUAUAAAUCUGUCCAUGAAAGAAAAUUCCCCAUUUGUGAAUACAGGUGUUCAUAAAAGAAAAAGUCUCAAACCUACCAGGUGUGCUGUUACAAGUGAUGACGAGAUGCAGUACGUAUCAACAGAAGAGACUUCUAGCGAAACUUUUAUGGACCAAGGUGAUGAGAACGAGGAUAAUGACCUUCUUGAGUCUAAAUCAGAAGAUGGUUAUUCAGAUACACAUGAUGACUUUAAAGAUGAAGAGUUUUACAAAGAUAAAAUAAUGAAAAAAGACACAACACAAGACAACUUUAUGCAAGAAUUAGCACCCUCCUUACCAAUAAAAACUACACCAAAAGAUAAUAUACAAGAUAUAGCUGUUACUACUGUGGAAGAACCAAAGCAUUCUGAGUUAAACAGAAUGUACAGUGAAAUAAGUGAAAAUCCCCUUCGCCACCUAGAAAGCUUGUCUAUGAGUCCUUUUACCAAUAUAGUAACAACUUCAACACGUAGUCUGGCUAGCAAAUCUUUAUCAACGUCUGGAGGAAUAUCAUUUCAUGCACCUGGUUUGGGUCUAGCAGCACCUAUGGUGCCAGAGAAAAUUUUUAAUCAAAACAACACAACCCUUCAGAUUCCUUCAGCUUCCUCUAUAAACACUACUCUAGGCUCUCAAGGACAAACUUUUAUUGAUCAAGAUUCAAACCCUGACAGUGAACAACACUUUCCGCUUUUAACAGGAUACCGAGAUUCAGGGAGUUUGGACAUCCCUGUUGAUAAAGAAAACCCAAGGCGGUGCAUUGCUUGUGGCAAGAUAUUCCAGAAUCAUUUUGGUGUGAAGACACAUUAUCAAAAUGUCCAUCUUAAACUUAUGCAUAAAUGUACAGUGGAAGGCUGCAACGCUGCCUUCCCAUCCAAACGAAGUCGAGAUAGACAUAGUGCUAACUUAAACCUUCAUAGAAAGCUUCUCUCAACUAGCUCAGAUAAAGUCUCUCCAUUCUUGGAAAAAAAUAGCAUCUAUCCUUACCAUGCAAGUGUGCUGAGAGAUGACUUCUUCUCUCGAAUGUACGAUCCCCAGGCUCUGCCUUUGAAUUUUGCAGAUCUCUAUCCUGGUAGGAUUCCAACAUGUGGGCCAGAAAGUUUAAUAACUAAUCCGGCAUUUGCGGUAGGUUCUCUGAGUCACGUAUUACCUUUUCAUCCAGCAUUCAUGCCUCCUACUAACUCCACUGCCCUCUCUGAAGGGAUCACUGGGAUAUUAGGCAUCAACGGUCGAAAUACAUCACCUAGUCCUCUAGUGACAUCACCAGAUCGUCAAACAAAACCUAAAUCACCAAAAUCAAACCAUCAACGUAACUCUUCGUCUGUUACUCUAGAUGAGGAACUUCUUCCUGAUGCAGAAGGGCAAUACAUUUGUGAAUUUUGUCAGAGAAAAUUCCAAGACAGUAUUUCAAUAAAAGAACAUUAUGAGAAUAAUCAUGUGGAGAAACUUCUUUUGUGUACAGUAGACAACUGUGGCAAAGCGUUCCUCACAAAGAAAGCACGAAAUUGUCACACUCACGAAGACAGUGUUCUUAAUGUAGUUCGGACGAUCUCCACGAUACCAGUUUCUUAAUGUCGAUGAUAUAUUAUACCUUGUGCCAAUUUGAUGUCAAAGUAAGUGAAGAAAAGGUUUAAAGUAAAUGUGAAGAAAAAACAACGGCGUGAUCUUUGUUUAUAAAAAGCAAUUGUGUAUUUAAACGUAAUUGAUAAAAAUUACCUGUAUAGAAACUGCUGAAAUAUGAAAUCUGUUCUUGUCAGGAUUUUCUUGCUCAUAUAUGCUGCCUGAAACGAAUUUUUUCUCAAUACCAUUAGCCAUGCAAGCAAUUAUACCAUCGAAGAUUUGAAAUGUACUAUUGAUCAUGUUUUGUAUGUUAAGUCUUUUUAGCGCUUUAAGUGGUACUGUAAAUAACAAAAACAAAGCUUAUAGUCGUUCUGUAAAUUGUAUAGCUCACUUCUUUCAUCGGAAACCAUGGCUAAAAAAUAUUAAAAUCUCAGCAAAAAUUUAAUAUAUCAACUUCAUUGUGAUCACGUUUUUCUUUUUGCUACUUUAUAUUGUGUAUGUGAUCAACACAAUUUCAAGGUAAUAAAGCAAAAGCAACACUGAUAGUUAAAUUCAAAAAGAUCAUUCUUCAUUUUCUUUGUGCUAUAGUUUUUCUUUAUAAGUAAGCGAGGCUUAUGUUAAAAAACAGAAGUUUUUAUUUGUUCUCAAGUUUAUUCAUUGGCAUCGAAGAUUGCUCGCAAUUUUCAGCUAAUAUUAUUGAACACACUCUGUAGCUGUCACUAUACGGGUAUACUGAACAUGUAAUAAUACUAGCCAGCUGAUAUGAGUUUACUAAACCUAUAUCUAUAUUUGAUUCAGAUAAAACCAUGUGGCAAUGCUUCUACAGAAAAGGUUGGUGCAAACUUUGUGUAAUGUACGUGAAGUCAAAUAUGUAAAUGUUUUCUUUUAAAUAAAAAGUUCUAAGAAAAUUAAAAUCCCAUUAUAACCUG